AUGCCUCGCUUUGGCACUGACAACAGAGUGAUGCCUCGCCUUGACACUGACAACAGAGUGAUGCCUCGCCUUGGCACUGACAACAGAGGGAUGCCUCGCCUUGGCACUGACAACAGAGUGAUGCCUCGCCCUGGCACUGACAACAGAGUGAUGCCUCGCCUUGGCACUGACAACAGAGUGAUGCCUCGCCUUGACACUGACAACAGAGUGAUGCCUCGCCUUGGCACUGACAACAGAGGGAUGCCUCACCUUGGCACUGACAACAGAGUGAUGCCUCGCCUUGGCACUGACAACAGAGUGAUGCCUCACCUUGGCACUGACAACAGAGUGAUGCCUCGCCUUGGUACUGACAACAGAGUGAUGCCUCCACGAUCAUUGGCUUAUUAA